CAGCACAGAAAAAUCAUUGGUAAGCGCCCUUUCGGUGAUUUCGCAAUUCCACCCUCGCGCUUCUCUGUUCUGCCGCUCUCCAGCUCAAACCAGAGGCUGUCGUCCCUGCUCUCCAGCUUCCCAAUUGCACUCUUGGAGCUCCCCUCCAUCCUCCGUCAAGCUCUUUUGCACAAGCCGAGCCCCUCAUCUCUCCCACCAAUUGCCGCGAACAGAGACCAAAAACUCACCUGCGAAUAGCUUCAACAACCGCCACAGCAGCAGCAAUGUCUUCCUCCCUCCUCCGCACGACGCCCGUCCUGCGCGCCGGCCUCCGCGCCCGCGCCGCAAAGCCCCUCGCCGCCAUGGCCACCACCAGCUUCACCCGUGGCAAGGCGACUCUUCCCGACCUGCCUUACGACUACGGCGCGCUCGAGCCCUACAUCUCCGGCCAGAUCAUGGAGCUUCACCACUCCAAGCACCACCAGACAUACGUCAACGGCUUCAACGCCGCUGUCGAGGCCCUCGGCGACGCCCAGGCCAAGGGCGACUCCAAGGCCGCCGCUGCCCAGGCUCCUCUGCUCAACUUCCACGGCGGUGGCCAUGUCAACCACUCCCUCUUCUGGGAGAACCUCGCCCCCAACGGCAAGGGCGGUGGUGGUGAGCCCGACGGCCAGCUUUUGACCGCCAUCAAGCAGGACUUUGGUUCCUUUGAGAACUUCAAGAAGCAGACCAACACUGCCCUCGCCGGCAUCCAGGGCUCUGGCUGGGCCUGGCUCGUCAAGGACAAGUCUUCCGGAAACCUCGGUCUCGUCACUCGUGCCAACCAGGACCCCGUCACCGGCAACUUGGAGCCUCUUCUGGGAAUUGACGCCUGGGAGCACGCCUACUACCUUCAGUACCAGAACCGCAAGGCUGAAUACUUUAGUGCCAUUUGGGAUGUCAUCAACUGGGGAACUGUUGCCAAGCGAUUCGCAAAAUAAAGCUGUAUACACGUCUGGGUAAAAUGAAGACAUAAAGUUAAGCAACAUUGUAGCAUAUUCCUGCUCCAGCCCUGUUGAAUGUCUGUAGUGUAUAGGUAUUUGACAGGAGAAUGAAGAUUACAAUUGAGGCGAUUUCUAUAUCCGUACAUAUACCUCAGCUC